AUGAAAUCACUGUAUGCACUGAUGAAAUAUUUACAUUCUUUUUAAAAGGGCUGUGCAAAAAACAAUACUACUGUACAAGUAGCCAUUAAUAUGUAGACUGAGUGUAAAGUUACUAAACACUAGCUUCCAUACUAGAAAAUACUGUUUUCAGGUCAUGGUAAGGGUGUGCUGAAACAGAAUUGACAAGUUGAUUAUGUAAUUCUAGUGAAGUGUCUCAGACCAUCUAUUCUAGUCACUUAAAUAGUAAGGUGACUUAUUGAUCUGCUUGCUUUGUUAUUAUGAGAAAAAGUAUUUAAAUAGUUUAUCUAAAAGGAAAACACUUUUUUUUUUUAAAUAUCCCACAGUAGUAGCUUGUUUACUGAUAGCAAAUCUCAUCCAGAUUCAUACUGACUUCCCUGCUGUAAAAGCAGCUGGGAGAGCUUGUGGUUUAGAGAGUGUUGAAUAAUGAGGAGAUACACUUAUCAAAUGUAAAUCAAACUACUUCAGCAUACUUUGUGUAUAGGGAAAGCCAAAGCUGCUAUCUCUCCUUGCUUCCAUAUGGAGUAGUAUUUGUUCCAUAGAGAUUGCGGGGUAGUAAUAACACAUGUUGCAAUAAUAAGAUACUUUAAACAGUUUCUUAACUAUUUAUGGAAAGAGUAUGUGUACUCCAUGCUAGCUUCAAAGGCUUCUGUGCAUGCUAUAUGCAUUCUUUGACAUGUAUGGGAAUAUCAAAUCCAUAAUAUGAUGAAAGUUUUAUUCAUUAAAAUGAUAGUUUUCAAGGGAAGUGGUGAUCUAGUAGGCAAAUAGUGGAGAUGAGACAGAUGAUGUCUGAGCAGUUGCUUUUAUGGGGCUUCUGCUCUGAGAUUCAGAGCUACUGAGCUAUUGGGUCUCUAAUAAACAGAAACCAGAGCUUCAAGACAAGCUUGGUCUAAAUUGCAUUGUUAAAUCUGGAGGAGAUGUGGCUGAAAAGGAAGUUCCUUUCACUGGGUCUCCCACAGUGAAAUACUGCUUCAUAGUUCAUGUUUAUUUGUAAAUAUUCUUCAAACAUGAUUAAUCAACUUUCUGUUUUGGGUUUGUGUGAUGGGGUUUUGGUAGUGGGGGAGGGGGCUCCAGGGGUGGCUCCUGUGAGAAGCUGCUAGGAGCUUCCCUCACUCCAAGUUGGACCCGCCUCUGGCCAAGGCCAAGCCCAUCAGUGAUGGUGGUAGUGCCUCUGGGAGAAUAGAUUUAAGAAGGGAAACCUGCAGCAGAGAGGGGAGUGGAAUAUGAGAGAAACCCCUCUGCAGACACCAAGGUCAGUGAAGAAGGAGGGGGAGGAGGUGUGCCAGAGGAGGUGAUGCCCCUGCAGCCUGUGGUGAGAUGGCAGGCUGUCCCCCUGCAGCCUGUGGAGGUGAAUGGUGGAGAAGAUGGCCACCUGCAGCCUGUGGAGGACCUCAUGCCAGAGGAGGUGGUUGUGCCAAAAGAUGGCCGUGACUCCAUGGGAAAGCCUGUGCUGGACCAGUCUGUGCCUGAAGGACUGCAGCCCAUGAAAAGGACCCACACUGGAGCAGUUCAUGAAGAACUGCAGCCCAUGGGAAGGACCCACGUUGGAGAAAUGAUUCAGCAGCAUCAGGAGUGGCUAGAAGACUUGGUUAUUAGACUUCUUUGUGUGUUUGCAUUAGACAGAUUUGGAGACUUUGUUUCAGAUGAAGUGGUAGCACCAGUACGUGAGACUUGUGCUCAGACUUUGGGAGUAGUAUUGAAACAUAUGAAUGAGACUGGAGUUCAUAAAACUGUGGAUGUUCUCCUGAAGCUGCUUACACAGGAACAGUGGGAAGUGAGACAUGGUGGUCUCCUAGGAAUAAAGUAUGCUUUGGCAGUACGUCAGGACAUGAUCAACACUUUACUGCCUAAAGUCUUGCCUGCAAUAAUUGAAGGUCUCCAGGAUCUAGAUGAUGAUGUCAGAGCUGUUGCUGCAGCAUCUUUAGUACCAGUAGUGGAAAGCCUGGUUCAACUUCAAUCUCAGAAGGUGCCUUUUAUUCUUAAUACCUUGUGGGAUGCACUUCUGGAGUUGGAUGACUUGACAGCUUCCACAAACAGUAUCAUGAUCCUUCUUUCUUCCCUUCUGACUUAUCCUCAGGUCCGCAAAUGCAGUAUUCAGCAAUCACUCACAGUUUUGGUCCCACGUGUGUGGCCGUUCUUGCAUCAUACUAUAUCUUCUGUGCGAAAAGCAGCACUGGAAACGUUAUUCACGCUGCUGUCUACCCAAGACCAGAGCUCUUCAACAUGGCUGACUCCAAUUCUGCAAGACAUGUUGAGGCACAUAUUUCAAUUUUGUAUCUUAGAAAGCAACCAAGAAAUUCUGGAUCUUAUUCACAAGGUAUGGCUGGAACUGUUAAACAAGGCAUCUGUACAGUAUGUGGUUGCAGCUGCUUGUCCAUGGAUGGGAGCCUGGCUCUGCUUAAUGAUGCAGCCGUCUCAUUUGCCCAUUGACUUAAACAUGUUGCUAGAAGUAAAAACCAGAUCAAAAGAAAAGGCAGGUGCUAAACUGCGUCAAGGUCAAACCCAGAAUAAGGAAGUGAUUCAGGAAUAUAUUGCUGGGGCAGACAGCAUUGCAGAAGAUCCAGCAACCAGGGAUUAUGUUGUCAUGCGAGCUCGGAUGAUGGCAGCAAAGUUGCUGGGAGCACUUUGUUGCUGUAUUUGUGACCCAGGUGUAAAUACUGUUACUCAAGAAAUAAAGCCAGCUGAAUCAUUAGCUCAGCUACUGCUCUUCCACUUGAAUUCUAAAUCUGCCUUGCAGAGGAUUAGUGUUGCAUUAGUAAUCUGUGAGUGGGCAGCCUUGCAAAAGGAAUGUAGAACUGUGGCCAUUUGUGUGCAACCUCGUUUACUUGGGGUUCUUUCUGAACAUCUCUAUUAUGAUGAAAUUGCUGUUCCUUUUACACGAAUGCAGAAUGAAUGUAAACAACUCAUCUCCUUGUUAGCUGAUGCACACAUUGACAUUGGAAACAGAGUAAACUGCAGUGUAUUUACAAUAGAUCAAGCUAAUGAGCUGGUUACUUCUGUUUUCAACGAAGUGACAUCAUCCUUUACUUUGAGUCCUAAAAUUCUACAACAGUUGGACAGUAAACGACAACAAGUCCAAAUGACUGUUACAGAAACAAAUCAAGAAUGGCAAGUGUUGCAUCUGCGAGUCCAUACAUUUACUGCAUGUGCAGUUGUGAACUUGCAGCAACUUCCAGAAAAACUAAAUCCUGUUAUAAAACCCUUAAUGGAAGCUAUCAAAAAGGAGGAGAAUACACUAGUACAAAACUAUGUGGCUUCAUCUAUAGCAAAGUUGCUUCAGCAGUGUACAACAAGGUCUCCUUGUCCCAACUCAAAGAUUAUAAAAAAUCUCUGCAACUCCCUCUGUGUGGAUCCACAUCUUACCCCACUAGCAGCAUGUCCUGCACAGCCUCAGAGUGGCCAUGAAAACUCAAAAGGGCCCAACUCUGAUAAAGAUGGGAUGCAUCAUACAGUUACUAAGCACAGGGGAAUAAUUACAUUGUACAGGCAUCAGAAAGCUGCUUUUGCCAUCACAAGUCGGCGAGGUCCUACUCCAAAAGCUCCAAAAGCCCCAAUUGCAGAUCUCCCCACUGGCAGUAGUGGAAGCAUUCCUACUGAACUUGAUGAGGCUCAGAAACCUUAUGUUGUACAGAGAAGAGGAGCUGAAUUUGCCUUAUCUACUAUAGCUAAACAUUUUGGUGCUGAAAUGGCAACGGGUUUGCCGCAUCUCUGGGAUGCUAUGGUUGGUUCAUUAAGGAACAACAUUCACAUAAAUAAUUUUGACCGAAAGUCCUUACUGGAAAAAGGAGAUGCUCCUGCCCAGGAGCUAGUAAAUUCUUUGCAGGUUUUUGAAACAACAGCAGCUUCAAUGGAUACUCAGCUACAUCCUCUGUUAAUACAGCAUUUGCCUCAUCUUUAUAUGUGCCUUCAACAUCCCAGCACUGCAGUGAGACACAUGGCUGCUCGUUGUGUAGGUGUUAUGAGCAAAAUAGCUACCAUGGAAACAAUGAAUAUCUUCCUAGAGAAAGUUUUACCAUGGUUGGGAGCAAUAGAUGACAACACCAAACAAGAAGGUGCAAUUGAAGCACUUGCGUGUGUAAUGGAGCAGCUGGAUGUUGGUAUUGUUCCAUACAUCGUUCUUCUAGUGGUUCCAGUUCUGGGUAGAAUGAGUGAUCAGACAAACAGUGUACGCUUUAUGGCUACUCAGUGCUUUGCAACACUGAUUAGACUAAUGCCUCUUGAGGCUGGUAUACCAGAUCCACCAAACAUGUCUGAAGAAUUAAUCCGAAUGAAAGCUAAGGAACGUCACUUUCUGGAACAAUUAUUGGAUGGAAAAAAACUGGAAAACUAUAAAAUUCCAGUACCAAUCAAAGCAGAGCUCAGAAAAUAUCAGCAGGAUGGAGUGAACUGGCUGGCAUUUCUCAAUAAAUACAAACUGCAUGGAAUUCUUUGUGAUGACAUGGGCUUAGGAAAAACUCUACAAUCCAUUUGCAUUCUUGCAGGUGAUCAUUGCCUCAGGGCUCAGGAAUAUGCAAGAACAAAACUGGUGGACAGUGUUCCUCUUCCCUCCUUGGUGGUGUGCCCUCCUACACUCACAGGACACUGGGUGGAUGAAGUGGGCAAAUUUUGCUCAAAAGAAUAUCUUAAUCCUUUGCACUAUACAGGACCUCCUACUGAGAGAGCAAGAUUGCAACACCAGGUGAAAAGACACAAUCUCAUAGUGGCUUCAUAUGAUGUUGUAAGAAAUGACAUUGACUUCUUCAGAAAUAUUAAGUUUAAUUACUGCAUUCUUGAUGAAGGCCAUGUAAUAAAAAAUGGAAAAACAAAGCUGUCAAAAGCAGUAAAACAGCUGACUGCCAAUUACAGGAUAAUUCUUUCUGGGACACCAAUCCAGAACAACGUCUUAGAGUUGUGGUCGUUGUUUGACUUCCUUAUGCCAGGAUUUUUGGGUACUGAACGCCAAUUUGCAGCUCGUUAUGGCAAACCAAUACUGGCAAGUAGAGAUGCCCGAAGCUCCAGUCGAGAACAAGAGGCUGGGGUUCUUGCAAUGGAAGCACUGCACCGCCAAGUGCUGCCGUUCCUGCUAAGGAGAAUGAAAGAGGAUGUACUGCAAGAUCUUCCACCCAAAAUUAUUCAAGAUUAUUACUGUAUUCUCAGUCCUCUACAGGUUCAGCUUUAUGAAGAUUUUGCCAAGUCUCGUGCUAAAUGUGAUAUUGAUGAAACAGUUUCUUCAAUUUCACUGAAUGAAGAAACUGAAAAACCAAAGCUUAAAGCUACAGGUCAUGUGUUUCAGGCAUUGCAAUACUUACGGAAGCUUUGCAACCAUCCAGCAUUAGUGUUAACAGCCCAACAUCCAGAAUAUAAAAGAAUUACAGAGCAACUUGCAGCUCAUAAUUCAUCCCUUCGAGAUAUCCAACAUGCACCUAAGCUGUCUGCUUUAAAACAACUGCUGCUAGACUGUGGUUUGGGGAAUGGUGGAUCUUCAGAAAGUGGUACAGAAGCUGUUGUGGCCCAGCACAGAGUACUUAUCUUCUGUCAACUUAAAAGCAUGCUGGAUAUAGUGGAGCAUGACCUUCUCAGACCUCAGUUACCUUCAGUUACUUAUUUGCGACUAGAUGGCAGCAUACCUGCUGGUCAGAGGCAUUCCAUUGUUUCACGGUUUAAUAAUGACCCAUCUAUAGAUGUUCUUUUGCUCACCACUCACGUUGGUGGAUUGGGACUUAACUUAACAGGGGCUGAUACAGUAGUAUUUGUGGAACAUGACUGGAACCCAAUGAGAGACCUGCAAGCCAUGGAUCGGGCACAUCGCAUUGGGCAGAAACGUGUUGUUAAUGUGUAUCGCCUGAUAACCAGGGGAACUCUGGAGGAGAAGAUCAUGGGUCUUCAAAAGUUCAAAAUGAAUAUUGCAAAUACAGUGAUCAGCCAAGAAAACACAAGCCUACAGAGCAUGGGAACAGAACAGCUUCUUGAUCUGUUCACUCUUGACAAGGAUGGAAAAACUGAAAAAGCAGAUACCUCUACCUCUUCUGGGAAAGCAUCAAUGAAAUCAGUACUCGAAAACCUUGGAGAACUGUGGGAUCAAGAACAGUAUGACACUGAAUACAGUCUUGAAAACUUUAUGCAUUCAUUAAAGUAACCAUCAUAUGUUCGUAAUACAACUGCUGCUAGUUCACGUAUUUUUCUGCUGAUAUUCAGCAAAAUUCAUAUAUAGUGAACCUUUAGCUUAAUGUGUAAAUAGACUUAUUGAAAGAAGAAUCUUCAAAAGACUGGCACUGAGUAGUGUCACCUGUUUCACUGGGGAGUUACUCUGUCUUAAACGUUUGCACUGUAUAAAAGAACUUUAAACAUUGUGAGGUGGUUUGAAUUUUACUUGUUCUGAACGGCUGCAAAUUCUUACUUGGUAGAAGAAUAAAACAAAGCAAGUUUUUACAUGUGUUAAACAAGUGUUACUUCUGUUUGAAGUUAAGUCCACCAUUUCUUUCUGUAUCUAUAAUAGUUUUGUACAGUUGUUUCAGUGAGUACUUCAGGUUGUUCAGUGUAUGUUUUUCUUUUAAACACAACUUGCUUUUAGGGUAUAUUAAAAAACAAUUUUCAACUUAAACUUCCAUUCAGAUCAUUUCAGGACUUGUAUCACCAGAGGCAAAGCCUAGAAGCCUUGAAAGUAUUGAAUAAUCAAAGGGCACUAGGUAUGUGCACCCACCUUUGUAUAUUGAGUAUAAAUAUAUUAUGCUCUUCAGUCUUUUGACACCAUCUUGAGAGAACAGCUGACUUGAACUUUUUAAUGUAAUGAGCUAUAUUAAAUACAGGUAAUGGCCUAUUUGAGGCCAUGUUUGCAUCCUGUUAGCAAGGGUGUACUUUUUUAAUUUAUCUAUAAGGCUAGAAUAUAGCCACUUUGAGAGAUGCAUGUAUUCAGUAUGUUUCAAUCCUAUAUAUUUUUUGUAACUAAAAGAAGAAAUUAAAUAUACAGACAGACAUUUUCCAGGAGUAGAUUUUACACUGUCUAGGAUUCUAAAAUCCAUGCUAAAGUGACUGUUUACUAAACUGAUGCAUGAUUUAAAGCUUCUUAAAGGAAUAGGGAGGACUUUUUUCUUUAGGAGGAAAUAUACAUAGAAAUACCUACAUUCAGUUUGAGGGAAUUGAACAGUUGAAAUUGUGUAACAAAGCUAGUAAAAGACUUUAAUAGCAGUGAGUGAGAAUAAUAUGGCUGUAUGUUACACAGCUUUUUAUAAAAGGGAGGCAGUAGUAAAAGUGUGUUUCUAGAUGUGCAUAUGUACCAGUAUAUGCACUUUUUAUAAAUAUUAAAUUAUAGAUAACUUACAGCAGUUGUCUGAAUACACAGAAUAUAUGUAUAAAUAUAAAACCUAAGGUUUGUAGCUUGCUGUGUGCUUAAGCAUCAGAGCUUAAAAACCACCAGAGACCUCAACUAUGUAAAAUAAGAUUGUUUUAAAACAAUAUAUAUAAAUCAAGACUGUUCUGCAGCAUUGGAGAUGAAUUAAUGUCACAUUUCAGUAGUUACGAACUGACAUAUUGUAACUAAAUUAGCAUUCCAUGAAAAUAAACAAAACUGGGAAUAUAUAA